CUGGGGGAAAUCUCGAGGAGUGGAAAGCACGAUACAUCUCUCUCUCGGAUAUACGCUCGCUCUCUCGCAGCACGAGCGAUCGCGCGUGGAGUCGCUCUGUCAAUCGGUACCUGGAGACAGACGCGAACGCUGUGCGUGCGUGUGUGUGCGUGGGUGCGCACAGGCCGCAGGGCAGAGGCCUGGGGCAGCAGAGAUGGGUAGCACGGACAAGGCCGUAAUCACGGGGUUCAUAUGCAGACUCUGCAGCAAGAUGAAUCGCUUCGUCAUCCACAUCUAUGGGGAAGAGGGCGAGAGGAUGAAGCUCGCCGAGAAGAUAAACACUUACUUGCCGAUCACGGUAAACAUGAAUGACCCGCUGCCAAAGACUGCGUGUUUACAUUGCAUCGAACGAUUAGAGGCGCAUCACGAAUUAAUGGAACAGAUCAUGUUUACCAGACAGAGAUUAGAUCCUGACAAUAAAGCGGCCACAGUAGCAUCCUCUUCUGCGACAACCUUAGAUACAGCUCCAGCGUCUAGCCCACCUCCUUGUUGACAUGUGCAAUGGAAAAUAGUAUGCCCUUUCGCUCAAUGCGCCAUUCGCCAAGAUUAAAUGAUUCCUGUAUAAUUUCUCAUUUCUCAUUUAAGCUAAUAAUUCAGUGAUUGAAAUGUGUAAAGAAAAAGACACACAGAUGGUGAGAUAAAAAUUAAUGUCAAAUUACAUUUUCCUAUAUAAUAUCUUGUAUAUUUACUUCAGCAGCGAGUAUUCUUUCACGAGUAUUAAAAAGAUUUGAAAAUUGUUUAACAUCAAUGUUCACUUCUGUCUUGUGAUAGAAUGAGAUUUUACAAAUGUCGAGAAAUCUUCAAUGGGAGACACGCACAAAAGUAUGCUCCUUUACAUAGUAUUCUAUUGUAUAAACGGAGCAUCAAUUUAAGUAAGAGACAAUUUCAAUGUAAGGUCACACAUUGAAUCUUUUCUCGCUAAUCUAUGGUCAAUAAUGGGCAAACUAAUUUGUAAGAAAGUGAUACUUUAAACGCGAAAUAUAUUCUGGGCGAGCGCAAUAAUAUUGAGAUAAUUGUGAGAUGAAUAUGUGUAUAUUAAUGUUAGAGAUGUAUUGGAUAUCCCAAGUAUUUCAGAGAGAGAGAGAGAGAGAGUAGUUAAAGUAGUUUUGUACAGAUUUUGCAUUCAAUAUUUCUUACGAGAACGACGUGAAACUAAAUUUGUAAAGUAACAAAGGACAGAAACAUUGUCUAUAAAAACUUAUGAACAAGAAGAGUAAACUAUAAAUGUGCAAUUUACAAUUAAAUAAAAUUUUAAUUUUAACAAUAUGUAACGACAAAUUAUAGUUAUAAAACAUUGGAAGUAUCAAAUCAGACUAAACUUACUAAAUUAAUUAAAAUUUUGUUUGUGAUUAUGCGCUCCAGUUUCUUUCUUUAUUUUCAAAAUAUUGUAUGUAUUUUUUUCAAUUGGAUAAUAUGUUUUUUGCUAGGUUUCUAUUCAUGAUUUAUUUGGGCAUGUAAUUUUUCUUUGCUACUCUAGAUACUCGAUACCCAGUACAUUUCUUAGAGCCACUUUAGCCAAAUAAUGAUUAACUUAAUCAUUGAUUAACUUACAAAAUAACCAAUAGCAAAAUUUCACAAAACGUCAAUUGUAAAAUUUAUAUUAUAUAAUUAUAUUGUUAGAAAUUUUGAUGUUGGUCAUCCUGCAAUUAAAUUAAUGAUUAAGAUAAUCAGAGUUUGAUCAAAGUAGUCCUAAAAGUCAUAUAUACAUAUAUAUUAUUUUAUAAAUCUUACAAAAAAUAUACUUUCUUUAGAAAAUAUUUUAUAAUAUUCUUUCAUUUUUUUUAAAUGAUAAUAUUAUAUGUUCAAUGCAUCGAUUCUACUGUGUACAAAAAAAAUUAAUCAAUAUAUAUAUAUUAUUCCUAAAACAAUCUCUAUAUAUAUCUCGCGGCGAUAUUAUAUAUUGUAUAAUGUAGAAAUUUCUUAUAGCUGUAGAACAUUAGAGCAUAAAAUUAAAAUAUGAAAAUUAACUUAUAAUGCGUAUAUUUUAAGUCAUUGAUUUGUAUUAUGAAAUUUUCUGUUACUCGCUAUGUGACACACAGAACAAGUGAUAGAAGAAAUAUUGUAUAUUAUAUAUAUGUGCGUGUCAUUGAUGGUGCAUUAUAUUGUGUAAUCGAUAAAAAACAGUCUUAUAUUAUUCUUUAAUACAAAUAAGUGCAAAGUACAAUAAUCUGAAUAUUUAUAUAUUAUAUUGAAAGAAAUUAGGUUUUGCAUAAGUUUUACACAGAUUUUAAUCUGUCCAUCUUUGUUUGUAAGCUACAAUGUAAUAAAUAUGUAUAUCAGAUUUUAAGUACACAGUUUGUGCAAAAUUAAUUUUUCUUAUUCUAUCUCUUUCUUUUGACAUAUUUUAAUACAUUUACAGGGCACUUAUAUAAAUAAAAAUGCAGGAGCAAUACAACUAAUGCAAUAUAUAUAUAUAUGAGCAUUGUUUCUUGUUAAGAUAGGAUUUAUUUCUUAACGAUACUCACUGACACAGUUAAAUGUUAUGUGAAACAAUAAUUACUUACUGUUUGGCGAUAAAAAUUCGCCUUGUGCUUACUAUAUGUACUAUUUCACAUGUAACGUCGUAUGAUUUAUAAGGAGAUUAACUGUUUUCAGAAGAUGAGGAUGCAUUUAUGACUAUUUAUCUUUAUACAUAAUUCGCGAGCAUAUAUAAUAAUAUAUAUACUUUGAAUUAAAUAAACCUAUUUUAAAUUGUAAUUAUUCAUGGCUUUAUCUUUUUAAAUGAUAAUUUGGAUUGUCAAAAUUAUAUUUGUGAAUUGUUACAGUUUGGUAUUGAAAUAUUAUUGUAUUAUAAACUAAAAUUGACCAAUAACAUAACAGAUGGCUUUUGUGUGUGUUAUCGUUUCAUAUUCUAAUAUACUUUUUUUUGUAUAAUUAUAAAUUCCUAAUUUUUGAAUGAUAAUUAAAACCUUUUAAUUAAAUUUAUAGACUAGAAUUUAUAUAAUAUAAAUAUAAACAAAGCAAAUAAUUUAAUUUCACAUUUGAUUUUUUGUACAAUUGAAAAUUUUAAUAAAUUUCAUAACUGGAUUGCUCGAGAUUGUAACUGAAUAAUAAUAUAUAAUUCUGAAUAAAAAGAAUAUAAACUAAAUAAUAUUUCCUGUCAUUCUUAUCAUUUUUUCUUUUGAAAACCCUAAUAAUGCAUAAUUAGUUGUAUUCUGAUAUUAGAAUAUAGAUUUGUAUAAAAUAUUGUAUUUAAAAUUUAAAUUUGCAAUAAUACAAAUUGCUUUAAUAUAUCAUUCACACAUACAAACAUACAAUCCCAUAUAGCACAAAUUAUUGAAAGAUUUUAAUGUCAAAAUGCAUCCUCUAGUUUUCUCAAAACAAAUACGCGCAUAUAUGUGCUACUGCAACAUUUUUUUCUGGGACUAUUAUACAUCAAAUUGCGCAGCUAUGUCAGAGUGUGCAAUAAACUAUCAGAGUCUGACUUGGGUCUGUAACACACACAAUGUAAAAUUAUAUACAAUAUCGA